UCAAGACCCCCUCUCACACACACACACCAUGGCUGACGCAGCUCCUCGCGGACGCGGCGGAUUCGGACGUGACCGUGGCGGACGUGGCCGCCGUGGCCCGCGCCGCGGCGGCCGCCGUGGCGACGAGAAGGAGGAGUGGGUGCCCGUCACCUCCGUCGGCCGCCUCGUCAAGGACGGCAAGAUCAAGAGCAUCGAGGAGAUCUACCUCUUCUCGCUGCCGAUCAAGGAGUUCCAGGUGGUGGACCUGCUGCUGCCGGCGCUCAAGGACGAGGUGAUGAAGAUCAUGCCCGUGCAGAAGCAGACGCGCGCCGGCCAGCGCACGCGCUUCAAGGCCUUCGUGGCCGUCGGCGACUCCGACGGCCACGUCGGCCUCGGCGUCAAGUGCGCCAAGGAGGUGGCCACCGCCAUCCGCUCGGCCAUCAACAUCGCCAAGCUCAACGUCAUUCCCGUGCGCCGCGGCUACUGGGGCAACGCCCUUGGUGAGCCGCACACGAUCCCCAUGAAGGUCAGCGGCAAGUGCGCCUCGGUCAUGUGCCGCAUCAUCCCGGCGCCGCGCGGCACGGGCAUCGUCGCUGCGCCGGCCUCGAAGCGCAUGCUGCAGCUCGCCGGUGUCGAGGACGCCUACACGCAGGCCAGCGGCCAGACGUGCACCACGGGCAACUUCAUCGGCGCCACGUACGCCGCCCUCGCCAAGACGUACGCCAUCAUCACGCCCAACCUGUGGAAGGACAUUGCCCCGCCGCCGACGCCCUUCGUCGAGCACUCGGCGCACCUUGCCCGCUCGGCAAAGGCCAAGAAGCUGUAAAGCGUCUUCUGCGCCUUCUUUUGUCACGUCGUCUUCGGUCCCCUUCACUCGCGCCUCGGCCUUUCCCCCAUCCCCCCACAUGUUCUCGU